GUUUCCGACCGAUGGGUUCCUGCUUCUAGCCCUGCUGCUCUACGCACCCGUGGGGCUCUGCCUGCUCGUCCUGCGCCUCUUCAUCGGUGUACACGUCUUCCUGGUCAGCUGCGCCCUGCCUGACAGCGUGCUGCGACGGUUUAUUGUACGUGUGAUGUGCUCAGUGCUGGGCUUAUUUGUGCGGCAAAGUGAUCCCCGACUUCGUGAUGUCAAUGUGAGGGUGUAUAUCGCCAACCACGUGACACAAUUCGAUCACAACGUCAUCAACCUUCUGACCUCAUGUAAUACGCCUGCAUUGAACGGCGCCCCUGGCUUCAUCUGCUGGUCACGGGGAUUCAUGGAGCUGGGAGUAACAGGAAGCCGAGCAGAGCUGGUGGAUUCCCUGAAGGUGUAUUCGUCCCACAGAGGAAACCCACCACUGCUGCUGUUCCCGGAGGAGGCUGCCACCAACGGCCGGGCCGGCUUGCUCCGCUUCAGCUCUUGGCCGUUCUCAAUCUUGGAUGUGGUACAGCCAGUUGCCCUACAAGUUCAGAGGCCUUUGAUCACUGUGAGUGUGGCUGACUCCUCCUGGAUUACAGAGCUGCUCUGGACCUUCUUUGUUCCCUUCACAGUUUAUCAAGUAAGGUGGAUGCCGUCUGUCCCCAGACGAGCUGAAGAACUGAGUGAGGAUUUUGCGCUCCGAGUUCAGGAGCUCUUGGCCAUGGAGCUGGGUGUGGUAUCCACACGGCUCACUGCAGCAGACAAAGCUGAACACAUGAAGAGGCUGAGACACACGUCGCUUCUCCCCUUUGCCCCAGCCUCAAGCCAGCCCCUGGCAGCCAGGCCUAGGAUGCCUUCCAGCCUGGCUGGUGUUGCUCCGGAAGAUGUGCGGAUCACGGCAAUGGCUCAGCGGGUCAAGGAGGUGCUGCCUCAUGUGCCUCUGGAGGUCAUCAGGAGAGACCUGGCCCAAACCACCUGUGUGGAUACCACCAUUGCCAACUUGCUGGAGGGGAGAAUACCCUUCUUCCCUGAAAGUAAGGAGGCUGGUACUGACCUGCGUGCCCCGUCUACCUCCCAGGCUGCAGCUGCUUCUGGCAUCCAGGGCUCCAUAGCUGUGCCUUCUUCCAAGCCAGCUACAAAGCAAUUUGCAAAGUCCCCUGUGGAGCGGCAUCUGUCCUUGCAGGAGCGGAAACAAGCAUUGUAUGACUAUGCCAGGAG